UUUACUUGCAAAACACAUCAAAAUCAAUGUCCAUACAUUGUACUUGAACCUGAUAGCUUUUGAAAUUAAAUCAUUUGAAAAGAAAAAGGAAGGAAACAUAGACUUUUGUGAUGAUUCCUUGUUGGUUGUUCUUAUGGCACCAAACCUCGGACCUGUCAAAGGUAGAAUUUAAGACAACGCUGCAUUACUUUUGCGCAAGUGGGUCUUGUUUUUCUUCUGAUUUUUACAUUCUGUGUGGGAAAUUAUUGAUGGAAGAAUUUGGGUGUUCAGAAUUUUCAAGAGUUUCUCUUCGCAACUAAAUGCAAUGGUAAUGACAGAAACUCGUAAUAUUCGAUCUUCCUUUGGCCUCCUGUUGAUCCUUUCUCGGCUUGUGGCUAUCUCUGCUGCCGAUAAAUGCAGCUGCGACGAUGAAGGGAGCCUGUGGACGCUGGAGGCUAUAUUCAUGUACCAGCGGACAAGCGACUUCCUGAUUGCAGUCGCCUACUUCUCCAUCCCAGUCGAGCUGCUCUGGUUCGUGAGCUGCUCUAACAUCCCGUUUAAGUGGGUCCUGUUCGAGUUCAUCGCCUUCAUAGUCCUCUGCGGCCUAACCCACCUCCUCAGCGGGCUUGCCUAUGGUCCCCACUCCUUCGAGCUAAUGAUGGCCCUCACGGUGUCCAAGAUCCUGACCGCCCUUGUUUCCUCUGCGACUGCGAUAACACUCGUAACCUUAAUCCCUCUGCUUCUCAAGGUGAAGGUGAGGGAGCUGAUGCUGCGGAAGAAGGCAUGGGACCUCGGGCGCGAGGUCGGGAUCAUAAUGAAGCAGAGAGAGGCAGGGCUGCACGUGAGGAUGCUCACCAGGGAGAUCCGCAAGUCACUUGAUCGCCACACAAUCCUUUACACCACCCUGAUCGAGCUGUCCCGGAUUCUUGGGCUCUGGAACUGUGCUAUCUGGAUGCCGGACGAGGAGCAGGCAAACACGAUGAACCUCACUCACGAGCUCAGGAAUAGAAAUGAUCCAUCGGAAACCCCAAUUAGAAUCUCGAUCUCCAUGGACGAUCCUGACAUUGCCGAGAUAGUUGAAGUCUCCGAUGGAAUGAAGAUCCUGGGCCCUGAUCGACCACUCACAGUUUUAAGUAGCGGAGGAUUGUCCGGGGAAGAGGACGGCCAGGGGCCAGGCCAAGUGGCGGCAAUUCGAAUGCCGAUGCUUCGGGUGUCCAACUUUAAAGGCGGGACCCCGGAGCUCGUCCCUUCUUGUUAUGCAAUACUAGUUUUGGUUCUUCCCUGGCAGGUAAGUGAACAUAAUAAACCUCGGACCUGGACUGCACCAGAGAUCGAGAUUGUCAAAGUCGUUGCUGAUCAAGUGGCUGUUGCACUUUCUCAUGCUUCGGUCCUUGAGGAGUCCCAGCUCAUGAGGGAGAAGCUCGAGGAGCAGAACCUGGCCCUGCAACAGGCCAGAAAGAAUGCUGUGCUGGCAAACCAGGCCCGGAGUUCAUUCCAUGAGGUCAUGAACGAACGGAUGAGGAGGCCAAUGCACGCGGUCUUGGGCCUGCUCUCAAUCUUGCAGCAUGAAGAAAAUUUGAUGAACAAUCAGAAGCUGAUUGUCGAUACAAUGGCAAGGACCGGCAACAACCUAUCGAUCCCUAUGGAUGAUGAAGCGGAAAUCUCACUGAGGAGGAGCAGCGGCAGAUUAUCACCCCUGGAAAUAAAGCCUUUCCAUUUACAUUCAUUGAUAAGAGAGAUGGCUUGUCUAAUAAAGUGCUUGUGUAAUUCUAGAGGAUUCGGAUUCUCGGUUGAGGUUGAGAGGUCUCUUCCUGAUCAUGUGAUGGGAGACGAGAGGAGGGUCUUUCAAGUUAUCUUGCAUACUGUCAUGAUUCUUUUGGACGUGAACAGUCUCGGCGGCCUUGUUAAGCUUCGGGUCUUGUCAGUAAAUAGAAGUUUAAAAGCGAGUGAUCAACAGGGACCUCAAAGGAAUUGGAAAACGAGGUCAACUAGUGAAUAUGUUUUUACCAAGUUUGAGUUCGAGAUCAAGAAUGAUCAUGAGACUGGCAAGGCGAGCUCGGUUUCAGGGGAUCAGCUCUGUGAAGGGGUCAAGAAGGACUUGAGCUUUAGCAUUUGCAAAAGGCUUGUGCAGAUGAUGCAAGGUGACAUUUGGAUUGCGCCAAACUCUAGGAGUUCUGCUAGGACUGCUGGAUUGAUUCUCGGGUUCCAACUCCGACCUUCAAUACCGCCAGUUGACUUCAUACUUCGCGAGAAAGAUCCCCUUUUCCAGGGCACGACAAUAUUGGUUGCCGAUAGUGAUGACACGAACAGAGCUGUUACUCGAAAGCUUCUCGAGAAGCUAGGCUGCGCAGUCUCCACAGUAGGAUCUGGGUUUGAGUGCCUCACUACCAUAAGCUCUGUUGGACGCUCUUCCUUCAUGGUUGUCGUUCUUGAACUUCGGUUGCCGGGACUGGACGGAUUUGAAGUAGCAACUAGGAUCCGUAAAGUCUGGAGCCAUAACUGGCCACUGAUCCUCGCAUUAACAGCUAGCAGCGAUAAAGGCUUGCAGGAGAGGUGUCUGGAAAUCGGGAUGAACGGGUUUAUCAGGAAACCAGUCACGCUGCAAGGGAUCACAGAGGAGCUCCAAAGAGUAAUGUCGCAAGCCAAUUUAUAACAGAAUCUUAUGAUCAUGAUCAGAACCGUGUAGAAGUGGAUCGUAAUAGUCUCAUCCAAAUUUACGAGUUUUAGGAUGAUAUCGCAGCAUUAUUCCUGCGAAGUGGAAGCCGGAUCCCAAUUGUCAUAUAUAUUCCCAACCUGUGUAGUACAGUGAGCACAUUAGAUAAUCUUACAUAUAUAUGUAGAAAAUAGUCUAGAUAGAUAUGUAGAUCUGAUAGAUACUUCAUCGUCCAUUCAAAUUACAAUAGGGAUCAAGAGAAAGAGUUUAAUGCAACGGUAUUUGCUCAUGAUUUGAAACCAAGAGAUCCUUAGUUUUUUUUUUUUUU